GAAAUAGAAAGAAAUGAAAAAAAUAAUUAGCUGAUUUUGUUACAAGCACAUGAAUGAUGUUUAUUGGGACGACAGAAAAUUUAGCUUUCUCAGGCACGCGUAGAAGAGAAAGUCGUUAUGUUACUAUGGAGACUAUUGGUUAAUAGAUGUACAUGUAGUUAACGAUGGUUAACCUAAUACCGGAUCCCUAAACACAUCAGUGAAAUGAAAAAGAGUUGAAGCCUUGAUUUGAGAUGUAAUCUAAGCUUUGUUUUUCCCUGUUAGUCUUUAAAUUAUCCCGUGCUUCACCAUAUCCAAUUAUGGAUCUCAAACCAACAAAUAUUUUUCCUGGUGUCCAACCACUAAAUAUUUGUUUCGGCUGUUCCAACGCUGAAAAUGAUGAGUUCAGUAGUAUAGAAAGUGAUGAAGAUGAUUUAAGUUAUACUCUUCUCGAUCACUACCUAGACAAACAUCGUACUGCUAAACCUAAAGAAAUAACAAAUCGCCCAUGUCUCCAUUGCUCAAUCGAGAAGACUCCUGUUGGUAAAUUAAAUUUGGCCGGAUUACAACUUUCCUAUGAUCUCUUCGAAAAUACACAGCAUUUGCCAAAGUUUAUCGAUUCAGUUGAUAUAUGUGCUCCGGAUAAUUUUUAUAAACUUGUUGGUUGUACUAAAGAUUCAACUGAUAAAUAUACCGAUUUAAUUGUAGCCAAACUAAUUCCAGAAGAUGUAGAAGAUGAAAGAAAUUACGAACUUUUUUUUGAAUACUUGGUAAAUGAAGAAAAAUUUGCUAUUUUGAGAUUGCCCUGUAAAAUUUUCAAAGCUUUUUACAUACUGCCCCUACCUAAGGAAAAUGAGCCCCCUUUUUUCAUGCCAAUUGCAAAUCGUCUCAAUUUGGAAUACGCGCCAAGAGAAGAUAAUAAUUUGUUAGGAUUACUGGUGAGAAAACCUCCUCGAGAAGAAGGGGAAAUUAGUGAAAAAGAGGAAAUUCCGGUAUCUGAUAAAGAAGGAUCUCCUUCGAAAGCACAGCUAUUUAGUCCAGUUUCACUUGAAUCAGAUCCUUUUUCGCCUGAAUCACCACUGAUGUCUUCAAAAAAACCAACUAGCUCAAAGGGCACAUCUAAAAGCUAUGAUUUCAUUCCGCGGACACCAGGGCCAAAAAAUCGAUAUGAUUCGUAUAUUGGUCGUUCAACUGAAGAAAUUCCUUUUCUUACUGAUGCAAUCGAUAUGAUUCAAAAUAAAGCUGGACCCAGUAAAAAAGAAGGAACCAAAAAAGCGCUAUCAACUCCCUUCGAUAAAAAUUUGGAACAAAUAUCAUCUGAAUCAGAAAAUGAACUCGAUUUCGUUACUCAAGAAUCUAGUAAUCGUAAGCGAUCUAGAUCUAUCGCUAUUGAGCAUACUCAAAAUAAGGUUCGUGCUUCUUCAUCGUCAUCAUUUUUCAGUGUGUCACGUGACAAAUCAAAAUUAUCUACCUCUUUAACAACUACAAUUGAAAGAGUUUCUCCUGAAAAGCCAAAAUCAGUAUCCAAUUCAAGCUAUACUGUACAAACUUGUGAAUCUAAGAAGAAAGUUAUACCUCCUGAAGUAAUAGAUGUCAACGAUUCAUCAAACUCAGAUCCAGAUGCAGAUUUUUUCCCUCCUACAUCCAACACAAUGUUAGCAGGAUAUUUUUCAACCAAUUUGGGUAGCUUUGAAUUCAAAUACCACGUUAUUUCAUCAAAUCGAAAAAAUGUGCUCCAGUAUCUCCCUAAAUCUCUCGAAACAAAAGGAAGGGCAAAUACUAACGAAACCGAAGUAUUUUUAACUGGUGAAAUGCUGAGGCCUGAAAAAAAAGUGAUAGCUUUUCAACUGUUACCUAACGAUUCUUCGGAAAGUAAAAGAAACUUUGACAACUAUGUUGCCCACCUACAUUCUCGAACUAGGUAUGGACUUCUUAAUUACAAAUCGGAUACUUAUCGUGCCUACGUUUUCCCGUGUGUAAAAGGCCAUGCAAUACUGAAAGCAUUUGAAAUUUGCAAUUUGAAACCUUCAUUUGCCCGGACUUAUGAAUUGUACGGAAUCAUCAUAAAGAAAUCGGGUCCAAAUAAACCAAAGUCACUCGAAAUUCAAGCUAAAUCUAGACAUCGAUCAACAUCAUCUUUAACAUCCAUUGAAACACCAAGUCCUACAUCUUCCUUACCGUUGCAAGUACCAGCUUCUUCAUCCAGUCGUGAUAACGUACAACAGAAAGAAUCAUCUUUUGAAACUGAAUCAUCAGAUUACCAGGAAGUCGUAGAAAACAACGAUUUGAAAAACUUUCCUGGUCUUGAAAGUAAGAAACUUGUCGAAGUCAUCAAUGAAUCAGUUGAUAAUCAUUGUAAAUUGACUGCAAAUUUAACUACCAUGAUACACAAAGCUACUGAUGGUCAAGCUCAAGAAGCCAAAGUUGACGCAUAUGAGGAGUGCCGUCGACAGCUCCAAACUAUUAUGGAAGAUGAAGAGAGGGAAUUUCAAAAAAGGAAAAAAGCAUACACAGUGGCGCUCGAUAUAUUGACAACUCUAUAUAAUUCACUUUCUGAUUCCAACAACUAGAAGUCAUCAAUACGUGUGAAAUAUAGUAUAGAAGUAUAGAAGCAAAAUUGACUGGCAUAAACUUUAAGCAUUUAUCCUCUUCAUAAAAUUGUGCCUAUGUAGAACUGUAAAUUUUCCAAAUUUUAUUUUAUUUAUAAGGUAAUAGAACUAUUAUAUCAAACUAUAAAUCCAUUGUUUUCCUCAUAAAUCCAUUCAUUUAUUUAAAUUGUUUUUCAUAUUACUCAUCUCAAAAACCUAAAUUAACAGACAUUAACAAUUGAUAUUAUUGAUAUGUUACCCAUUAUAAUUUAGUUACUCUUUUCAAAUUUAAAUACUUCAAAAAUCGCUAAGAAUGGAGCGAAUAAAACACCAUCCAGCAUACUCAAUGAACUCUAAUGGAUUAUAUAUUCAUCGUUGUUCUAAUUUCAGAACUUUGAUCCCAAAGAGUAAGAUAUGAAGUUGAAUGAUUAUGAUUAGAAGCUGUUUAAUAAAAUAAAGCAAUUUGUAAAAUUUAGUUCUCAUCACGCAUUAAAAUUGAAAUUGAAAUAA